GUGUUUGAUCGAUAGCUGUAGGUGCCUAUAGUUUACUAAUACACAGAAAAGAUACGCGUUAUAUAAGUUUAGUAAUAAAGUAAUAGGUAAAUGCGAGAGUACCUAAAGUUUUUUAUUUUUAUUUACCGUGUAACGCGUACGUAAUUGUUUUUAUUACUAUUUUUGAUGUUAAAAAAAUUGACAAUAUAAAUCAUUAAAAAUAACUAGACGAUUCUAAAAUGGGUGACAGUUGGCGACAAACAGUGAUGAGUAUUACUGACAGGAUAUUUCCACAUAUUCCACCGGACCAACAAAUCGGAUGCGCUUUUGAAAAUGAAAUCGUAUCAAGCCUUCCAUUACAGAUGUCUUUGCACUUCAAUGUAAUUUAUUUUCCUUUUUGGCUCUGUACGUUCGUGUCUUUGAUUUGGUUUAAGCUCGGAUGUUUAAACAUACUGGUCCAAACCAUUCUUGUCGUGACGCUGUUUUUGAUAUGUUCGCUGGAAUGCGCUAGACUUUACUUGGGCAUUCAAGGAAAUCUGAAAGAAAAGAUUCCGGACUUGGCGGCUUUUUGGAUGUUUUCGCUGAUCCUCCAGUUGCCGUUGCAAAUGGUGUUUUUAGCGUUAAACACCGAUCCCGUCGAAAUGGCCGUCCAAGGAAUCAUGUGCGCAAUGUUGUUGGCUCAGCUGGUUUUCGGAUUCGCAGUCCUCCGCGACAUGGCCAAACACCACAAGCUCCGGUUCCACAUAUCGCAGUUCUACGACGGGCAACACUGCAAAACGGACUGAGAUCGCCUAACCCCCCCCCCCCUCUUGAUAGAUUUCAAUACAAAGGUUUGGCAUUCAUCCGGCUCCGCAGUGUAGCGUAUAUACUCUGUCCCGCGAGAGAACGGUACUGCGCGUUAUUCCUGUUUACUUUUGUCUGCGCAGGCGCAUACGAGAGUAAUGCGUUUUAGUUACUGCGCGGUACCCGUUCUCUCGCUAGAUAGAGUAUAGUAUAUUAUUUAGGUGAUCUGUUUUUUUUUUGUCCUUCUCGUUUGCCGGGAUCGUAGGGGAGUGGGCGGAACGAGUAAGCAAAAACGUAGAGCGCCAAACAAAAGAACUCGCAACGUGGUGUACGCUGUCGAGGGCGAGUUAACGGCCGAAAGAGGUAAAUGAGUCGAGGAAAGGACCGGUCGGGCAUAUUCAAACACCAGAUGGAAGAGAUAAUAGAAUAUUACUCGGAAACACACAGAAGUAUUUAAUAUAUACACGUGCACGAUGGCGCGAGCGUUCCAAGGGAUGUUUUAAGGGUUAAAUCCAUUGUCUAUGAUGAGACUCGGGGGGGUGUACGUUUGUCUUAAACACACACACACACACACACACCGUCGUACUUUUAGAGCGUUGUAUACCGUUGCGGUAUCUGCUCUAGUUGUGUAUGUGUGUGUGUGUGUGCAUAUAUAUGUAAUGAAAGUUAAUGAGGCUGAAAUGCAGAUUGCGCGGCAAGACGGUGCCGUUUUCGUUGAUUAAUGGCCCCCCGGCCGUCUUCUGUUCGCACACCCAAAAGGAAACAAUGCGCGAUAAUAACUUUAUUAUGCCGGACGAGCACAGACCGUGUACGCGUAUCUCCGUGUCGCUCUCAGGAAAUAAUAUUCUAAACUCUGUACAGUGUGUGUCAGCGUUAUCUCGACAGCUCCUCUGGGCCACUCGUAUCAGAGUCAUUAACUCGAAAAUCGCGCGAUUACUUUACGAUCCAGACGUUUGUAUGUACUUAAUAAUGCGGAAGAUGACAAUUAAUGCUUGCAGAACCCAAGACACCCAAUUAUUUGUUUCGGUUAAAAAAAAAAAAAAAUACUUGUCUUCUAUUCCGCCCAAAACCAGAUUUUAGGAGGGGGGCGAUGUCCCUAGAACUCGACAAUUUCCGGAACCUAUCAAUCAGUAUUAAAUACAUACAUACAUAAUUCGAUGGCAGUGUGCCCACAAUUAUUAAACAAUAUUUUACAGGCACAGUAUUUGAAAAUGUAUAAUAGGAAUCCGUACAAAAUCCUUGCUACAUACACAUUAUAGUCAUUAACUAAAAAAAAUAAUUUUUAUUUGUUCUGAUAAAGUUUUGAAAUUAAAAAUUUUUUUUUUAGAGAAAUGUUAAUUAUACCUAAAACUAUAUUCAGGUUCCCAAUUGCUAUAUCAUUCCAUGUAUUUAAUAAAAUUGACAUGGCUUGUAGCACAGAAUUAAUUGUAAUGCCUUACAAUACUUGUAUAAAAUAUGUAGAAGGUUAUUAUAAGAAUCUAUCUACUUAUAAAUUUCAUAACUCAAUACGACUUAAUUAAUUUUUUAUAAAAAUUGUCUAUAAAAUGAACUGUUAUUUAUCUAAUUUUUUGCUUUCAAAUGUAUAGUCAAAUACAUUUUAUUCAUGUUAAUCUAAUCUAAUGUAACCCAAUGGCCUUUACGGCCAAGAGUAAUAAUAAAAAAAAUUAAAAAAAACAAAAUUGAUCGCUGUACAUGGCUGAAUCAUUUUUACACCUGUGCAUAAUAUGACAUCGAUGUAUGGAAGGAAGAACCAUUUUUGUUGAAUUGCCUCGGAGCUCAGAAGAUUUUAAAUCCUUACUUUAUAGAACCAUUGUUAAAAUAAUAGUUGUGAGAGUUGGCUUCAACAUAUUAUUAGCUAUCAACUUUCAUAA